AUUGGCAUCGAUAUAGAAUAAAAGAUCGCAACUUUUAUUUUCAUUACUGUAGUGUAGUGUUAAGUGGGAAUCGGUGAACUUACUUCUUUCCUUUCAUUAUUAAUUUAUUGAAAUGAAUUCCUUGAUUGGUUUUGCAGUUUUAAUCUUUUUGAGCGUACCAUCCGUGUUAAGUAACUACUGUGACGCGAAUAUAUGCCGGUUUAAUGUGAGAAUUGGCAAUUACAUUGGAACUGAGUACAAGCGGCAUAUUGCUUGUGGAAAUUCACUGGCAUAUCAAAAUGUGUUUGGACCAUCAUGUUACCAACACCAAAUCAUACCCAUGACGACGGAUUUUAUAAAUAUGAUUUUAAGAAAACAUAAUACUCUCAGAGCUGACACUGCUAACGGUCGUAUACCUGGUUAUUUAACUGCUAAUCAAAUGUCUGAAUUGACAUGGGACUCUGAAUUGGCUUAUCUUGCUGAAAUCAAUGCAAAAUCGUGUACAUACGGACACGACGACUGUAGAAAUACGGAAAGUUAUCGAUUCGUCGGUCAGAAUAUUGCGUUAAAUUGGUACUCAGUAGGAUAUCCUAGGCAAUACAUGCUAUCGGCUGAGAGUUUUGCAUCAUACUACAUUGAUCAAUGGUUCAACGAAUACAGGGAUGCAUCGAUGAACGACAUUUACAGGUUUCGGUCGAUCAGAAACAGCAAAGGUCAAAUGAUUGGCCAUUUUACACAAAUGGUAAAGUCCGAUGCGAAUAGAGUUGGAUGCGCUAUUACGUCAUAUGUGAAUCGUUAUGCCAGCAAUUCGUUCAACUACUACUUGGUGUGUAAUUAUAAUUUAGAAAAUAUUGAGGAAAAGUCCACCUAUUACGUUGGUCCACCAUGUUCCGCCUGUCGAACGGGAUGUUCUGCAGAGUACCCAGGACUGUGUAGUAGGAAUGAAAUCACAAAAGUUAAUUUUCCAUGAUGUCUAAUUUGCUGUUAAAUAAAUAUGGUUCGUUCAAGGAUAUUGAAAUACCCAAGCGCAUGACAA